UGAUCAGAAAUAGAUCUAAUAGAAAUGGGAUUAUGCUCUACACGAAUGUUGGAUUCCUUUCUUUAUGUGUAUAAAUACAACAAUGCACAAUUUAAAAGUCUUAUUGAUCAAUACACUCAUGACCCUGAGAGUCAUGACCAACUGAGGUUACCGUCAUUAUCGACUUGAUAUUAACAAGUUUGUGUUUUACCGUAGUGAAAGUGAGUAAUUAUUUAUCCUAAUUAUAGUGAGAAAGGAAAUGGUGGACAACAUCCGUGUAGAGCGCAUUUAUUGAUUCGAUGGAACGCUUUAAGAUGUUGUGUGGAUCCUUUUAUACACAGUGUUUGGUAGGAUUCUGCCUGCUUGUCAUAUUGCCAUAUUUUCAUAUAGGAAUUCUUUAUUCGAAACUAUGGGUUCCAGACAAAAAGCCAGUGUCACAUGAUGACUGUACUUGUAGUUGCUGGGAUACUAUUUUUAAAGGGUCAUAUGAAAGCCAAAUGCGAGUUGGAUAUAAACACAUGUAUUUCAACGCCACUAAACAAACUUUCAUGAUGUGGACGAUAACAAUGGCGGCAGUUUUAGGAUUAUAUGAGGUAGUAAAACACUUGUUGCGGUUACAUGUGGAAGGAAAUCUCAGAUAUUCAAUGUUAUUUUUAUUGUUGUUGGAUAUUCAUCCGCAUUAUUAUUCUUGGUGGGGAUACCUGAACUAUUUUAAUGACGAUUUCUAUUCUCAGUUCGUUCACCAAUUGUUUUUUACUGUGACUGAACUGAUAUCUUCGGUGAUUGUUGUGCGCAUGUGCUCCAGUAACGAUUGCAUAACUCCGCCACAAUUAAUUGGAGUAUUGUCUAUCAAUAUAGUGCAUAUACUUAUAGGUGGUUUAGAUCAGUUCUUUAAACAGUUGUUGUUUAUGGAUGGUCAAACAUUUCAAAGAAUGAGAAAUCUUGGAUUUAUUAUACCUGACCUCUUUCAUAUAGUAAUACCUAUUGUAGCAUAUAAAAAGUCGCGUAGUCUUACAUGCAGCAAACUAUUAACGAGGAAGGAAUCUAUCUGCUUAACAUGCCUAACUAUUGCUUUAUUUUUGCUGGGCAAAUCUAUAUUGAAAUAAUGGCCAAGAACUAGUUAUAGCCUCCAGGGACAUUAUGCUUUUAACAGAUAUGCAAAAUACUCAUGGGUGUAUUUUAAAAGGAUGGAUUAUUGCUAUCCAUAUACGAAUACUAUGACAACUGUGGUAUACAUGAUACUAGAAAACAGUUUCAUAAAUGAUUGUUUUGAAAGAAAGAA